AUGGUUACUUAUUCUACUAUCGUGGCGAGCAACGCGCAUUUUGCCGAACAGCACCAUCUCGGACGCGUGUGCGUCUUCGCAGGCGCAACUGCUGGCAUCGGAUUAGCCACCUUGAAGAAAAUAGCCUUCAUGCUGCACGAAUCGAUGUUCUACAUUCUAGGAAGAUCGAGAUCCCGAUUUUCCGACCAACUGGCGGGAUUGACUAAAAUAAAUCCCAGCAACGUCUAUCAAUUCGUCGAAGAAGAAGUAUCGCUGAUGUCGGCGGUUGACGCCGCCUGUCAUUCAAUUCUCACGUCCGAGACGAAGAUAGAUUACCUUUGCAUGAGCUCCGGCGGCAUACCGUGGCAAGGACCUGUCUAUACCAAAGAGGGUCUAGAGGCAAACUUUGCAAUUUCUUACUUCUCGCGCAUACGGCUUGUCUCUAAUCUACUGCCACUUCUCCAAAAGUCCGAACAGCCACACGUCCUGUCGAUUCUUAACGGAACUAAGGAAAAACGCAUCAAGGAAGAUGACAUUGGACUUGAAAAGUCUUGGGGCAUUGUACCAAUGAUUGAUCACUCCACGCUCCUCACAAGUCUAGCGUUCGAUUAUCUCGCAACGAUCGACCAUUCUAAGCGAGUCGUCUAUCUCCAUGUUACUCCAGGUCUUGUCAAUACAGGGAGCCGAAAGCAGAGACCUGAUACAUCGAAAGGGUGGUUUCGUUGGUUGGGGUUAUUGAUUCUUUCUCACAUCGCAGAUUUCAUGGUUCGACUCACUGGGAUGUCGCUUGAUGAGUCUGGCGAGAGACAUGCAUACGUAUUGACGAGUGGUCAGUUCGAGCCCGGAUCAUGGCGUCUUGAUAAGCUUAAUGAUGUAAUACCGGACAAUGAUGCUGUCGUCUCUUACCGGAACGCUGGCUGGGCGGACAAGAUCUGGAACUUUACAGAGCGUGAAUGGACGCGAGCCCUUAGUGCCAUGUAG